AACUACGAGGAAAUGUUGAGCAGAACUCUCAGAUCAGCGGCUAAGAAGCCACUCAGUCUCCGUUACGUUUCUUCAAACGCGAUGGCUGCUGAAAAGCCAUCAAGCUUACCAUCCGCCGGUGGAGAGUCUUUCAAAGUACAACUUCACGACGACUCCUUCAGUGGUCACCUCAUCGAUGAACUUCCAGAUCUUGAAGUUGAAACAAGCAAAGACCAGCUCGUUGAGCUCUACCGUCAAAUGACCACAAUGAGACGUAUGGAACAAGCUGCUGACCAGCUCUACAAGGCUAAGCUUAUUAGAGGUUUCUGUCACUUGGCUAUUGGACAGGAAGCCGUUGCAGUCGGAAUGGAAGCUGCUAUGACAGACAAGGAUCGUCUUAUCACCGCCUACAGAUGUCACCCAUACGCCGUCCUCCGUGGUGGUACUAUCAAGGGUGUCAUCGCUGAGCUUCUCGGUCGUCAAGACGGUAUGUCAAACGGUAAGGGUGGUUCUAUGCACAUCUUCACUCCUACCUUCUUCGGUGGUAAUGGUAUCGUUGGUGCUCAAGUUCCAGUUGGUGCUGGUAUCGCUUUCGCCCAACAAUACCUCAACAACCCAUCUGUUACCUUCUCUAUGUACGGUGACGGUGCAUCCAACCAAGGUCAAGUAUUUGAAGCUUUCAACAUCGCCAAAUUAUGGAACCUCCCAUGUGUUUUCGUUUGUGAAAACAACAAGUACGGUAUGGGUACCUCAGCCGCCAGAUCAUCCAUGAACGUCGAAUACUACAAGCGUGGUGACGUUAUACCAGGUUUGCAAGUAAACGCUAUGGACAUUCUCUCCGUCUACCAAGCCUCUAAAUUCGCUAAGCAAUGGACUAUCGACAACAAGGGUCCACUUGUCAUGGAAAUGGUUACCUACAGAUACGGUGGUCACUCCAUGUCUGACCCAGGUACCACCUACAGAUCACGUGAGGAAGUCCAACAAAUGAGAUCCACUAGAGACCCUAUCAAUGGCCUCAAGGCUCGUCUCCUUGAAUGGAACGUUGCUACUGAAGAGGAACUCAAGAAGAUCGACAAGAACGCAAAGGCCGAAGUUGACGAAGCCGUCAAGGAAGCAAAGGAAUCACCAGAACCUUCAAUGGAUGACUUCUGGACAGAUGUCUACUACAAGGGCACUGAACCAGCUUACCUCCGUGGUCGUGAACCAGAAGAGGGCAAAUACUACGAUCGUCCAAACCUCGUCGGUGCUUAAAUAUGCUAGAUAAAAGACUUAAAAAAUUGUAAUCUCUUUUUCUUUCAUUUCAUUUUUAGAUAUCUUU